AUGCAACUCACCUCCAUCAUCGUGGUGUCAACCACCCUACUAGCGGCCCAAGUCCCGGCCCAAUCCAUCCGCUCCAUGAUUCCAAACGUGCCCACCUCGAGCGGCGUGGCCAUCCCCUCGUCCAUGGCAACGGCCUCGCCCUCUAGCUCAAUGGCAGUCGCGUCCAAGCCCUCGAACUACAUGGCUAAUCACCCCUUCCGACCAGCUGUGCACUCACCCAUCCGUGUGCAAGCGUCGUCUUCCAUGCUUCCAGUCGCUAGACCCUCCUCGCACUCGAUGGUCCCAGUCGGGACUCCCUCGGCAUCAUCGAACUACAAUGCCCUUAACCAACACCAGGGUCUCCGGCAGCCGGCCGCACAGGGCCCUGAUCGGAUGUACGCCGUGUCGGAUGGUGGUCUUGCACCUGUUGAUCCAAUGCAGCCUGGUAGUGAUGUUGCGCCGGUGUUGAUCCAAAAGCCCAGUGGAGUUGACGAGGGUAAUUCCUUCUGCAUGGGACAGUGCUACGCUAGUGAGAAAGAGGCGCAUUGUGCCAAGCCAUAUGCUUCGCCUUUAUAUAGAUCGGCCUAUGGUUGCUGGAUGUGCUGCUUCACUCCUGGUGACUUCUAG